AUGCGCUAUUUUAGAAAACCAUUUGUUGAGAUGAAGCUCUUUUUAAGUCCUUAUGAUUAUUUUUUAACUCAACCAAAGGAAAAAGCACAACAAUACAUAGAUAAGCAUUGAGACCGGACUGAUUUUUUAGAAUUUUGUCGAUCAGUUAAAGGGCAUUUGCUUGAUUUCAAUUAUUUUAAAUUUGAAGAUCAAAAAUCAAUUCACGGCUGGGUGUAUAAAUCCGCUUACAAUUAG